ACCAUGUUUUAUAAUAGCGUCUAAAUGAGUGUCAACUGUCAAACAGAAAAAAAGAAGCGUCAUUUAAUUUUUUACGAUUUUUGUAAAAAACAAUUCCGUUUCGAGAUUUAGCGUUACAUGAAUGGGAAAGAAUGAGUUCGGACAAUAUCAUCGAACACAUUUUCACGCCGUUUCAGGAGAGCAUCAACUCGGAACAAGAUGUUCGAGAGGAGAUCCGCAACAUAAUGAAAGACAUCGAAAAGUCCCUUCGGGAAAUCGUCACCACCUUGCAGAUAAUCCACAGGACUCUCAACGGUGAAGAAAUUUCAGCUGCGUGUUUCACAGCACGAAGUCUCUUCAACGUGGUCCAGAAGGGCUUCGAGAAGCUCGAUAGCGUGAUUCCUGAAGGGCAGUAUUACCGGUACAACGACCACUGGCGCUACGCCACGCAGCGCCUCUGUUUUCUGGCAGCUUUGGUGGUGUUUUUGGAGAAGGGUUUUCUCGUGGAUAAAGUGACCACGGCGCAGAUUUUAGGUCUGCACGAGAAGUCUCGCCUCCAUCUAGAUCUAGAAGACUAUCUGAUGGGGCUGUUGAAUUUGGCGACGGAGUUGGCGCGGUUCGCUGUGAACUCAGUUACCUUUGGGGACUACAGCAGGCCGCUGCAGAUCUCCAAGUUCGUGGCCGAACUGAACGCGGGUUUCCGUUUGCUGAACUUAAAAAACGAUUCUUUGCGAAAGAGGUUUGACGCUCUGAAAUACGACGUUAAAAAAAUCGAGGAAGUGGUGUAUGAUUUGACGUUGCGGGGGCUGGUGCCCAAUUCUGGAGGAGGAGAAGCGGUGGAAUAAUGGCAGAGUUUCGUUUAAUGUACAAUUUACUAAAAUAAACGAAUAGUUUAGAAUCUAAAA